CCACCUCAGUGUUUUGCACAUCCCAAUUGUAUAGUUUUUUUUGAAAGUUUCUCUGUUGAAGAAUGCCUGCCGUCAGGACACAACUGCGCUCAACGAACGGCGCCAUCGACACACAUAAGACGAUAAUCUCAAGGGCUUCCAUAGUUGGAGAGGAAAUGCAGGACCUGGCAGAUUGCAAGAUGCAUUAUCCCUUGAGUGAAAAGGAACGUAACACCUUCAAGACGCGUGACGGCAAGCGCGUCACUCCGCAUCAGUGGGCAGUAUACGACUUCACCAGAACAAUUCCUUGUGGUCGUGUCACGACAUACAAGGACAUCUCCGUCGCUCUCGGGCAAGGCUCGCCGCGAUCAGUUGGUUCUGCGCUUCGAAACAACCCAUUUGCCCCGUUUGUGCCCUGCCACCGCAUCAUUGCAUCAACUCUGUACAUUGGUGGAUUCUUUGGUGAGUGGGGCACAGGCGCAAACGCUAGAGGCGGACAGAAGAAUACUGGGGUGCAGUGCAAUAGAAAGAUGGAGAUGCUUGAAAAGGAGGGGGUUACGUUCUCUCUGGAAGGCUAUCUUGCGGACGAAUCUCUACUUUGGAGAGACUGAACUAACUUCCUUGGCUGUUCUGUAUGAUCACAUCAGGGCUAUUGUUGUGUAUCACUGAAGUACUCCCUUGCAUUAAAGUGCCUGCUCGCAACUUUGUAGCACCUAGUCGUGGUCACGCUGGCAUGCAUCAGUGCUACACUAUAGGCUAUCCAACCUGUGGCACGUCGUUCAUUAAACUCUUCCGCA